AUGGAGCCCUCGGACCCAAGGAGAGCUGGCUUUGAGCAGGAGGAAGGCUUUGGAGUGCAUCCCAGAAGGGUGGAUGAUCUGGGCAUGUUCCCUAAUCUCCGGCGAAGCAACAGCAACCUUUGCAAGAGCAGGAGGCUGCUCUGCUCCUUCAGCAGCGAGAAGCAAGAGAAUCUCAGCGCAUGGAUCCCUGAAAACAUCAAGAAGAAGGAAUGCAUGUAUUUCGUGGAAAGUUCCAAACUGUCUGAUGCUGGGAAGGUGGUGUGUGCGUGUGGCUAUACCCGUGAGGAGCACGUGGAGGAGGCCACCAAGCCCCACGCUUUCCAGGGCAAGGAGUGGAACCCAAAGAAACACGUCCAGGAGAUGCCAACGGAUGCUUUCGGUGACAUCGUCUUCUCGGGCCUGGGCCAGAAAGUGGGGAAGUAUGUCCGAGUCUCUGAGGACACACCCUCUAGUGUGAUCUACUACCUGAUGAUACAGCACUGGGGCCUCGAGGUCCCCAACCUCCUCAUCUCAGUGACUGGAGGAGCCAAGAACUUCAACAUGAAGCUGAGGCUGAAGAGCAUCUUCCGGAGAGGCCUGGUCAAGGUGGCCCAGACCACAGGGGCCUGGAUCAUCACCGGGGGCUCCAACACGGGUGUGAUGAAGCAGGUGGGUGAGGCAGUGCGGGACUUCAGCCUGAGCAGCAGCUAUAAGGACGGAGACGUCAUCACCAUUGGUGUGGCCACGUGGGGCACCAUCCAUAAUCGUGAGGGCCUGGUCCAUCCCAUGGGCAGUUUCCCUGCUGAGUACGUGUUAGAUGAGGAAGGUCAGGGGCAGCUGACCUGCCUGGACAGCAACCACUCCCACUUCAUCCUCGUGGACGACGGCACCCACGGCCGGUACGGCGUGGAGAUUCCCCUGAGGACUAAGCUGGAGAAGUUCAUAUCGGAACAGACAAAGGAAAGAGGAGGUGUGGCCAUCAAGAUCCCCAUUGUCUGUGUGGUGUUGGAGGGCGGCCCCGGCACGCUGCACACCAUCUACAAUGCUAUCACCAAUGGCACGCCCUGCGUGAUCGUGGAGGGCUCUGGCCGGGUGGCCGACGUCAUCGCCCAGGUGGCCAACCUGCCCGUCUCUGAGAUCACCAUUCUGCUGAUCCAGCAGAAGCUCAGCAUCUUCUUCCAGGAGAUGUUCGAGACCUUCACCGAAAGCUGGAUCAUCGAGUGGACCAAAAAGAUCCAAGACAUUGUCCGGCGGCGACAGCUGCUGACCAUCUUCCGGGAAGGCAAGGAUGGCCAGCAGGACGUGGACGUGGCCAUCCUGCAGGCUUUGCUGAAAGCUUCUCGGAGCCAAGACCACUUUGGCCAUGAGAACUGGGACCAUCAGCUGAAGUUGGCAGUGGCCUGGAACCGUGUGGACAUCGCCCGCAGUGAAAUCUUCACUGAUGAGUGGCAGUGGAAGCCCGCAGACCUGCACCCCAUGAUGACGGCCGCCCUCAUCUCCAAUAAGCCCGAGUUCGUGAAGCUCUUCUUGGAGAACGGGGUGCGGCUGAAGGAGUUUGUCACCUGGGACAUCCUGCUCUACCUCUACGAGAACCUGGAGCCCUCCUGUCUGUUCCACAGCAAGCUGCAGAAGGCGCUGGCUGAGGAGCCCGAGCGCCUGGCUUGCACACCCACAGCACCCCGGCUGCACAUGCACCACGUGGCCCAGGUGCUGCGUGAGCUCCUGGGGGACUCCACACAGCCAUUGUACCCUCGGCCCCGACAUGGUGAUCGGCCGCGCCUCUCACUGCCUGUGCCACACAUCAAACUCAACGUGCAAGGAGUGAGCCUCCGGUCCCUCUACAAGCGAUCACCAGGCCAUGUCACCUUUACCAUGGACCCAGUCCGUGACCUUCUCAUUUGGGCGGUUGUUCAGAAUCGUCGGGAGCUGGCGGGCAUCAUUUGGGCUCAGAGCCAGGACUGCAUUGCUGCGGCGCUGGCCUGCAGCAAGAUCCUGAAGGAGCUGUCUAAGGAAGAGGAGGACACGGACAGCCUGGAGGAGAUGCUGGCGCUGGCGGAUGAGUUUGAGCACAGAGCCAUUGGCGUCUUCACCGAAUGCUACCGCAAGGACGAGGAGAGAGCCCAGAAGUUGCUAACGCGCGUGUCAGAGGCCUGGGGCAAGACCACCUGCCUGCAGCUGGCCCUGGAGGCCAAGGACAUGAAGUUCGUGUCUCAUGGGGGCAUCCAGGCCUUCCUGACCAAGGUGUGGUGGGGCCAGCUCUCUGUGGACAACGGGCUGUGGCGGGUCGUCUUGUGCAUGGUAGCCUUUCCGCUGCUCUUCACCGGUCUCAUCUCCUUCAGGGAGAAGAGGCUGAAGGCGCUGGGCUGCCCGGCCCGUGUCCGUGCCUUCUUCAACGCGCCUGUGGUCAUCUUCCACCUGAACAUCCUGUCCUACUUUGCCUUCCUCUGCCUCUUCGCCUACGUGCUCAUGGUGGACUUUCAGCCAUCACCGUCCUGGUGCGAGUGCCUCAUCUACCUCUGGCUCUUCUCCCUGGUGUGCGAGGAGACGCGCCAGCUCUUCUAUGAUCCCGAUGGAUGUGGGCUCAUGAAGAUGGCGUCCCUGUACUUCAGUGACUUCUGGAACAAGCUGGACGUCGGAGCCAUUCUGCUUUUCAUAGCCGGUCUGACCUGCCGGCUCGUCCCGGCUCUGCUGUACCCCGGGCGCAUCAUCCUGUCUCUGGACUUCAUCAUGUUCUGCCUCCGCCUGAUGCACAUUUUCACCAUCAGCAAGACGCUCGGGCCCAAGAUCAUCAUCGUGAAGAGGAUGAUGAAGGACGUCUUCUUCUUCCUCUUCCUCCUGGCGGUGUGGGUGGUGUCCUUCGGGGUGGCCAAGCAGGCCAUCCUCAUCCACAACGAGAGCCGGGUGGACUGGAUCUUCCGAGGGGUCGUCUACCACUCCUACCUCACCAUCUUUGGACAGAUCCCCACCUACAUCGACGGCGUGAAUUUUAACAUGGACCAGUGCAGCCCCAACGGCACGGACCCCUACAAGCCCAGGUGCCCCGAGACUGACACGACGGGCCAGGCGCCCGCCUUCCCCGAGUGGCUGACGGUCAUCCUGCUCUGCCUGUACCUGCUCUUCACCAACAUCCUGCUGCUCAACCUGCUCAUUGCCAUGUUCAACUACACGUUCCAGGAGGUCCAGGAGCACACGGACCAGAUCUGGAAGUUCCAGCGCCACGACCUGAUCGAGGAGUACCACGGGCGGCCUCCCGCGCCGCCGCCCCUCAUCCUCCUCAGCCACCUGCAGCUCCUGGUCAAGAGGCUGGUUCUGAAGAUCCCAGCCAAGCGACACCGGCAGCUCAAGAGCAAGCUGGAGAAGAACGAGGAGGCCGUCCUCUUGUCCUGGGAGAUCUACCUGAAGGAGAACUACUUGCAGAAUCAACAGUACCAGCACCACCAGCGGCCAGAGCAGAAGAUUCAGGACAUCAGUGAGAAAGUGGACACCAUGGUGGAUCUACUGGACAUGGACCGUGUGAAGAGGUCAGGCUCCAUGGAGCAAAGGCUGGCCUUAUUGGAGGAGCAGAUGGCCCAGACAUCCAGAGCUUUGAAUUGGAUCGUGACUGCCCUGAAGGACAGUGGCUUUGGCUUGGAGGCAGGUGUGCCCGCUCUAGCACCCCAAAAAGCCUGUGAUGAACCAGAUGCUGAACUGAGCGUCAAGAGGAAGGCAGAGGAGUUGGGUGACCAGUACCAUGUGAACGCCCGGCACCUCCUCUACCCCAACACCCUCGUCACACGCUUCCCCGUCCCCAAUGAGAAAGUGCCCUGGGAGGUAGAGUUUCUGAUCUACGACCCUCCCUUUCACACAGCAGAGAGGAAGGAUCUGGCCUUCAUGGAUCCCGUGGGAGACACCGCAGAACCUCUGUCCAAGAUCAGUUACAAUGCCAUGGAUGGACUGACAGACCGCCGUAGCUUCCACGGGGCCUAUGUAGUCCAGCACGGUCUUCCCCUGAACCCCAUGGGCCGCACAGGGCUGCGGGGACGCGGGAGCCUCAGCUGGUUUGGACCCAAUCACACCGUGCAGCCUGUGGUCACCCGGUGGAGGAGGAACCAGGACGGUGCUAUCUGCAGGAAGAGCGUCAAGAAAAUGCUGGAGGUCCUGGUGGUGAAGCUGUCAUGCUCAGAGCACUGGGCCCUGCCUGGGGGCUCUCGGGAACCUGGGGAGAUGCUGCCACGGAAGCUGAAGAGGGUGGUCCGGCAGGAGUUCUGGGUGACCUUCGAGACCUUGCUCAUGCAGGGAAGAGAGGUGUACAAAGGGUACAUGGAUGACCCGAGGAACACGGACAACGCCUGGAUUGAGACGGUGGCCAUCAGCGUCCACUUCCACGACCAGAACGACGUGGAGCUGAAGAGGCUAAACAGCCACCUACAAGCCUGUGGCCCAGAGGCAUCUGUCCAGUGGCAGGUGGUGGACAGGCGCAUCCCAAUCUAUGUGGACCACAAGACCAUCCUUCAGAAGGUGGCCGCACUGUUUGGAGCCCACUUCUGACCGUGGACGUGGAUGAAAACUCCUCAGGGAAGAAGAUGCCAUCCACCAAUGCCCCCCACCCUGGGGCUUGAGUUAGUCUCCCUUAGUGGCUAGCUGCCCGAAGUGCAUGUGGAAGCAUGGCUCGGAUGGGUCUAGUAUCCUGCGGGGCCAUCCGGAGUUGGCCAGGCCAGCUCAGCUCCUGAACUGGAGGGCAUCAGGGUAUCUCGAGAGGAGAGAGCUCAGGGCAGAACCAGCCACUCAGGAUCCAGGAGCCACGCCUGUCCCUCUCCACGCCCCUUGGCAGCCUCACGUCUCAGUCAAAGCCUGUUCUCUGCUUGGCUGUGUCAUCUCAAGCAACAAACACAUCCACCUCGGGGGUGCAUCAGCUAAGGUCAGGUUUCCUGGAGAGCUGGAGCCUGUGGUUUCCUGUCCGUGCCUGUGGGCAUCUGGGGAGAAUGACUUGCAUUGCCCACCCCCCUGGCUCCACCACCCCCAAAUUACCUUCUUGGUCAAGAUGUACCUGAUGUGGACCUAGCUCAUAGCUCCCUCGCCGUCAGAGUGGAGGCUCCUGUGUGGGCGGGAGAAGCCCAGCAGAUGAGCACCACUCCGGGACCCUAGGAGCUCUCAGGCUGGCUCUGCUGCAGGCCUCUCUGCCCUGCGAGCCGGGGACCCGGCUCCGGCAGGAAGGAGCUCGCAGGCGGGUGGGCUGACAUGGUGG